CUUUCCAACAGGUGCUCCUUGUUCUCCCUCCGAGUCGCUGCAACCCGGUGCACUGGCGAGGCCCCUCCUGCGCGUGCGUGACUGAGGCCCGGCUUUCCAGAGAUCGCCCACCUCUUCCCUCUCAGCCCUGCGCAGCCUCCUUCCGUCUGUAAGUCACCUAAAGACCCAAGACCCGCGAUAUCCGUAGACCGCGCCCGCUAUGCACAGCUAAAGAGCACUUACCCCUCGCGCAGCAGUCCCGGCCCGGCAGCCGCUGCCCCGGGCUCGACUGGGCGCUGCUACCGCCAUCAGCAAGAGCAGGAGCAGCCGGGUCGCCCCAGCGCUCGUUGCCGCCAUCUCGGCUCCUUCCCACCAGCGAAGGGUCGGCUGAGAGGCAGGAGCCGCGCAGCACGCCGGGAGAAACAGGCCGCAUCGUGACGCGCGUGCGCCUGCGCUGGGUCCCAGCGCCUGCGCACUGGCGCCCGUCCGCUCCUGGGGCCUGACAUCAGCAGGAUGGAGCCGCCCCCUCCAGGGACGUCAUCACAAACUGGGAGCCCGCUUCUGUGUGACGUCAUAAAACCCUAUCCGCAUCAUGAUGUCACAAUGCCCGUAGCCCAGCCCCUCAUUUUCUCCCUCGGCUCCUUCCUCCGCUCUCGUCGGGCGGGGACAUCGCGAUGAGGCGGGAUCGCGGCGCUAAGCCGGCCGUGGGUGGAGCUGGCGAGGUGGAACCAGGUGGGAUGGCAGCCUCUUCCACGGGCCGUCCCAGACGGCUCCAACGCUACCUCCAGAGCGGCGAAUUCGACCAGUUGCGGGACUUCCCCAUCUUUGAGAGCAACUUUGUGCAGGUGACUCGGUUGGGAGAAGUUGCCAACGAGGUCACCAUGGGGGUGGCAGCCUCCAGUCCAGCCCUGGAGCUCCCGGAUCUAUUGCUUCUGGCUGGUCCUGACAAGGAGAAUGGACGCCUGCAACUCUUCGGGCUGUUCCCCUUGAAGUUCGUCCAGCUCUUUGUCCACGAUGAAAGCCGGUGUCAGCUCGAGGUCAAGUUGAACACCAGCCGAACCUUCUACUUGCAACUGCGUGCCCCACUCGAGACCCGACACCGGGAGUUCGGCCAGUGGGUGCGGCUGCUGUACCGCCUGCGCUUCCUCUCCGCCUCCUCCGUGCCCUUCACGCAGGAGCACCAAGUGCUGGAGGAUGAAGAUGAGGAGGGCGAUGACAAUGAGGUCGAGGCCCAGAGGGAGUGGGAGGAGGUGAGGAGAGGGGGGAAGCACGGUGGGGCAGCAGAGGGCAGAGGGGAG